AUGGACUCCGGAGAUGGGAUGGCACUUUCCAAAGUCGAUGUUGAUGCCGGUGCCGGUGCCGGUGUCGGUAUCGGUUUAGUUGAAGUCGGUGUUGUUGUAGUCGGUAUUGUUGAAGUUGAAGUAGAGGAGAUAGAUGUUAAAAUAGAUGUUGAAGUGGAUGAAGAAGAGGUAGAUGUAGAAAUGGAAGAAACUGGAGUUGCAGAGGUAACUACUGAUGAUACUGCAUUGGCCGACCUUGGGACAGCAGUACAUCUUACUCCAUUGAUUGAGGUGAUUGAAAAUCCUGCCGGCAGUGGUACUAUGUGUACGAGUAUUGUCGAUGACUAA